AACAGAUUAAACAUUGGCUCGAUUCCUCCUCGAUCUAAAAUCCGAAAUUCAACAUGUGAAAGUCUUAUAAAACUGAGAAUAAAUGGCCAUCAUCAAAGACAUUUGCUUAGUGAAAUUCAGUAUGUGGCGUAUACGCUGAAUAUCGAAUUGAUGUGAUCUAUAUAUGCAACGACUGCGGACACCUUUCCAUAUCGAUCGAUUGCGCUUUCAAAACAUUGUCGAUAUUUUUUCGUGUUUGCUCUUCCGCUUGGUGCGUGCCAUACGACGAAGAUAUAAAAGCGCUAUUUUUGUGGUGAUUGUUAUGUAUAGACGUUCAAUUCAACAAAAAAAAAAGAGUUCAAUCAUCGCAAUGGCAUCCGUCAUAAAGGCGGGCAGCGUAACGCUCAUCGUUUUGAUGAGUUUCGUCCUGUGCGUUGGUAGCGUGAACCGGAAGACUUCCGUUACCGUAUCCGACUACGUGCCCCGUCAACAUUUAAUUAUCGUUACGAGCAGCAACAUUUCCGACGGUCUGAUGACCGUCUCCGGCCUUCAAUUAAUGCCCACCUGGGCUUAUAAGGCAUCGGCCGCUUAUUUGUUUUUGAUUAGCGUCCUAGGAUUGAUUCUCAAUAUUAUCGUCAUCAUUGUACUUUUAAAUGAUCCCAAGAAAAUGACGCCAUUGAAUUGGAUGCUCCUUAAUCUGGCCUGCUCCGAUGGGAUCAUCGCAGGCUUCGGUGCGCCGGUCUCUAUAGUCGCUGCCCUACAUUCAGGAUGGCCUUUCGGUAAAGACUUAUGCACGGCCUACGCUAUGAUUACAUCGACGGCAGGUAUUGGAUCGAUUACAACCCUAUCGGCAUUAGCCAUUUUUCGAUGUAAACUGGUCGUUCAAAAGCAUCUGCAUCCACCGAAUCGCGUUAGCGCUUUUACUAAUCGAAGUGUCCGUCUUGGCCAACGUCAAGCUGCUCUUCUUUUAACGAGCAUCUGGACGUACGCGUUGGCCGUCACUUGCCCGCCGCUCCUCGGCUGGGGUCAUUACGGCCGUGAAGCUGCCCACAUCAGCUGCUCGGUCAAUUGGGAAUUAAAGAUGGACGGCAAUCGAUCGUACAUUUUCUACAUGUUCGCUAUGGGAUUAUUUCUUCCGAUGGUCGUCAUUAUCACGUCCUAUUCAAACAUUCUGCGCGUCGUGCGCAAAGUUAAACGCGAAAUCAAUCAAAGAUCGAUUAUGCAAAUUCGCGUUCAACCGCAAAAAGAGAAAAAUCGUCGAAGCGACGCGGCCGAAAAACGAUCGACUGUCAUGGUAGCCGUCAUGAUCGGUGCCUUCAUGGUAGCCUGGACACCUUAUUCAAUACUGGCACUAGUCGAGGUGUUUAGCGGUAGACGUAACGACAGCGUAACGAGCUCACCUGCGUUAGCCACUAUACCCUGCCUCUUUGCCAAAACAUCAGCUGUCCUCAAUCCAAUCAUUUACGGAUUUUUAAACACGCAGUUUCGAUCGGCCUGGGAGAAAUUCUCGAUUCGAUUUCUUGGAAGGCAAGGACUCGUUUACAAUCAUGGGAUGGUGGUAGGUACGUCGAGUAACGAACAACCGAGAGAAUUGCUGGACAUGUCGGCUGCUGGCCAGCUGACGAAAACGAUGACGCAAAGCCUGGCUUUACCUCCUGAACGUAUUGAACAGACUAGUCUGUGCCGUCCAAGAGAAAUGAUCGUGAACGAUGCGAAAGAAUCUCCGAUUAUUGUUCCAGAAAGAACAAUCGAAUCGAAUGGUUUAAUUGCAGCUGGACAAGAAGAGCCCGUUUCGUUGGAGAUUGUUAGGUUUCUCAACAAUUCGGGCGUUCAUCGGAUCCAGUUGUUAUACGUCAACAACAAUAAAAUUUGAAAAACUAAAAACAAUUUCGAGUAACCCGCCGAGGUCGAAGAAAAUCCGAUAUUUUGAAGACAUUAGAUUUAAUUGUCUUUUUUUUUACAUGGAAGAAAUUGCGUUUGGUUAGUUAUUGCUGGGUAACAGCGUGUGCCUGUCGACUCGCUUAGCAACCCAGCGUAUAGGCCAUCCACCAACCGCAUGAAAAUCGAUUUCAAUUUCCUAUACACAGCAAGUAUAUCGUUCGUUAGAGGCAGCAUGUUCAUUGUGCGUGUUUAUGUUGCACUGUCUGCACGUAAACUCGGGUCUAUUUGGCCCACAUUAUAAACCCCGUGAAUUAAUGUGCAUCGAAGCUCCAACUACCAAAUCUGAUCACGCCCUGGCAUCAACAAUUUCUUUUGAAUGUUGUGAAUUGAUUGACAGUGUCAUUUCCGAAUCGUAUACUAUAUAUUGCUCGAUUAAUGUACAUGCUGUGGGCGAGCGUUUGAUAUUAUAUACGCCCUGAAUACAAACUAUAUGUAAGGACGUCUAUAAAAUAUACGAAUGUCGUCGUAUAUCAUCUGACUUUUAGUCUGUAUAACCUUUCGCUUGGAUGUGUCCUCCUGAAAAACUUACAAGACCACGCUAAAUUAUGUAACAGCAAAGACGUAAAAUGAAUGAACUGGUAGGUAUACCAUUAGCCUCUUGUUCACCUAACUGAACAACAGACGUGGGUGCAUU